AAAGCAGCAAUCCCAACAAGAAAAGCAAGAUGUCAUAUUACGAUGUGGAUUCUAUUCUAACAGACGCCCAGAAACUGCCCUGCACAUUUGAGCUCGAAGUCCCCGGGCUUGGCAUACUCGAGGGCAAUCCGGGAGAAGAUAUCAAAGCGGGGACACGAAUUGACCUCCCAUUAUGGCUAGGAGAAAUGCUUUCCAUCGGGGCACGGCUGGGAACGUCUCGAUUGGUCAGCCUUGAUCUGCCACCUGCAUUAUCGGAGCGAGUGAUGAAUGCGUUGAAGGCUGACCCUCGAACCAUUGAUUUGCGGGCUUUGGCGCCGCACUUCUAUAACUUGAGUGAGCGGAUCCUGGAGCUGUUUGAAGAAGAGGAGAUGGUGGAUGUAUUGAGUAAUACAUUCCGAAAGCGGGCUGCAGAGAUCACUGAUCAUGCACAUAAUCCUCGAGGGGCCAUGGGGGACGGCGUCGAGUUCUUACGUGGUCUCGAUGAAACCGAACGCCAACUAUUCCGCGUGGCCCACGACAGCGCCAAGCAGAUGCGCAUUUGGUCCGGAGAGUCAAAAAAACCAAAGACUUGAGGUUAUGAGAUUUGCAUGAUGAAUUGAUGAGCGGGAGCGGUGCUUUUUCAUUGGCGUAUAUUGGUUGCGGAUUAUUUAUCGUUUGGAUAACAUUUGUUGCAGUGAACUUUGAGAUGGUAUGCGUCGGAGAUGCCGUCAAUUGUACAGCGUAUUGCCACGCGUAGCACCAAUAUUGAGACUCGGGAGUUUUUCUCAAUGAUUUUGCAUGAUCUAAUCCUGGUUCCAGUACAGGGAUAGACUCUGCUAGGCAAGUUAAUGCAAAUAUAUCUCAACUGGAUCUUAGAAUUGCAG